GGAAAUUUUCUUCGGACCCAAAUUCGGCAUGGGAAGGAAAGGAUGCACGCCCGCAGCACGUGAGCUCCAGCUCUAAACCCUCGUCUUCCCCUCCCGAGCAAAUCCCACCCCACACCCCUUUCCCCGCCCCCCGCCGCCACCGCCGCCGCGCCCGAAACCCUCGCCGCAUUCGCGGCCCUCGCCGCCGCCACGCCCGGAAUCCCAGCCCCCUUCGGCGCGGCCGCAACCGCCGGAGAGGAGGCCAUGGACGACGUGUGUGAGGGGAAGGACUUCUCCUUCCCGGAGCAGGAGCUGCGGGUGCUCCAGCUGUGGAAGGAGAUCGACGCCUUCCAUGAGCAGCUCCGCCGCACGGAGGGCGGCGAGGAGUUCGUAUUCUACGACGGGCCUCCCUUCGCCACGGGCCUGCCCCACUACGGCCACAUACUCGCCGGCACCAUCAAGGACGUGGUCACCCGCCACCAGUCGAUGCGGGGGCGGCACGUCUCGCGCCGGUUCGGGUGGGACUGCCACGGCCUCCCCGUCGAGUUCGAGAUAGACAAGGCGCUCGGCAUCACCAAUCGGCAGCAGGUGUUCGACAUCGGCAUCGCCAAGUACAACGAGACGUGCCGCAGCAUCGUCACCAAGUACGUCUCCGAGUGGGAGGCCGUCGUCACGCGCACGGGGAGGUGGAUUGACUUCAAGAAUGACUACAAGACCAUGGACAUCAACUUCAUGGAGAGCGUGUGGUGGGUCUUUGCGCAGCUCUGGAAGAAGGAACUCGUCUACAAGGGCUUCAAGGUGAUGCCUUACAGCACAGGCUGCAAAACCGCACUGUCAAACUUUGAGGCAGCACUGGACUAUAGGACUGUUCCUGACCCAGCGGUAAUGAUAUCCUUCCCUAUUGUUGGUGAUGCGGACAAUGCAUCUCUUGUUGCAUGGACUACAACACCCUGGACACUUCCAAGUAACCUAGCAUUAUGUGUCAAUGCCAACCUCACGUAUGCAAAGGUUAAGGACAGGUCAAAUGCAGCAGUAUAUAUUGUUGCGGAGUCUAGGCUUGGGCAAUUGCCAGUUAAGGUCAAAGCUUCAGGAAAGAAGCAAGCACCUUCAAAGGGAAGCAAUGCUGAAGCUGUUCAGGAUGGUUUGGAUAAGGAAUCAUAUGAGCUGUUGGCAAAGAUUCCUGGGUCAUCCUUGGUUGGCUUAAAAUAUACUCCUCUAUUUGAUUUUUUCAUGGAACUUCAAGAGACUGCCUUUAGAGUGAUUGCGGAUAAUUAUGUCACUGAUGAUAGUGGAACUGGUGUCGUCCAUUGUGCUCCUGCUUUUGGUGAAGACGACCAUCGUGUUUGCCUUGCUGCUGGGAUAUUUGAGACUGCUGGGCUUGUUGUCGCUGUUGAUGAUGAUGGGUGUUUUAUUGAAAAGAUUACUGAUUUUAAAGGGCGAUAUGUCAAAGAAGCCGAUAAGGACAUCAUUAAUGCUGUUAAGGAUAAAGGAAGACUUGUUAGUAAAGGGAGCAUUGAGCACUCUUAUCCAUUUUGUUGGCGCUCGGGUACUCCUCUUAUCUAUCGGGCUGUUCCUAGCUGGUUUGUCAAGGUUGAGAAGAUUAAGGACCAGUUGCUGGAAUGUACUAAGGAGACCUACUGGGUGCCCGAGUAUGUUAAGGAAAAAAGAUUUCACAACUGGCUUGAAGGAGCUCGUGAUUGGGCUGUUAGCAGAACUAGAUUCUGGGGCACUCCACUUCCACUGUGGAUGAGUCAAGAUGGUGAAGAAAUUGUUGUUAUGGAUUCCAUUGAGAAACUUGAAAAAUUAUCUGGAGUGAAGGUUACUGAUCUUCACCGACACUAUGUUGACGAUAUUACAAUUCCCUCUAAGAGAGGACCUGAGUUUGGUGUGCUCAAACGUGUUGACGAUGUUUUUGACUGCUGGUUCGAGAGUGGGUCGAUGCCAUAUGCCUACAUUCAUUAUCCUUUUGAGAAUAAGGAGCUAUUUGAAAAGAAUUUUCCUGGCAAUUUUGUUGCAGAGGGUUUAGACCAAACACGCGGAUGGUUCUAUACUCUGAUGGUACUCUCAACGGCACUGUUUGGGAAGCCUGCAUUUAAGAAUCUUAUAUGCAAUGGUCUUGUCUUGGCUGAGGAUGGUAAGAAAAUGAGCAAGAGUAAGAAGAAUUAUCCUUCACCCAUAGAUCUCAUCGAUGAGUAUGGAGCGGAUGCUUUGCGACUGUAUUUGAUAAAUUCGCCGGUUGUACGUGCAGAGUCCCUACGAUUCAAACGUAGUGGUGUUUACAGUGUUGUGAAAGAUGUCUUCCUCCCGUGGUAUAAUGCUUACAGAUUCUUUGUUCAAAAUGCGAAGAGACUUGAAGUUGAGGGUCUUGACGUAUUUUCUCCAAUUGAUAAAGUGUCACUUCUAAAGUCAUCCAAUGUUUUAGACCACUGGAUAAACUCUGCAACUGAAAGUCUAGUCAGCUUUGUUCAACAGGAGAUGGAUGCAUAUCGGCUUUACACGGUUGUGCCAUAUUUGGUAAAUUACAUCGACAAUCUUACUAACAUCUAUGUGCGAUUGAAUCGCAAACGGUUAAAGGGACGUACUGGAGAAGAAGACUGCAGAAUUUCUCUUUCAACACUAUACCAUGCUCUUGUUACAACUUGUGUGGCGAUGGCUCCAUUUACACCAUUCUUUACUGAAGUUCUCUAUCAAAAUCUGCGGAAGGCCUCAAAUAAAUCUGAGGAGAGCAUUCAUUUCUGCAAGUUUCCUUCCACAACUGGGGAGAGAGAUGAGCGUGUUGAACAAAGUGUGAAUAGGAUGAUGACCAUCAUUGAUCUCGCACGUAAUAUUCGUGAGCGGCAUAACAAAGCUCUCAAAACACCACUCAAGGAGAUGGUGGUUGUGCAUCCGGACAAUGAAUUCCUUGAAGACAUUACAGGGAAACUGAAAGAGUAUGUCAUGGAAGAAAUCAAUGUUAAGACUGUCACUCCAUGUAAUGAUCCCUUAGUGUAUGCUUCUCUGCGGGCCGAACCUAAUUUCAGUGUGCUAGGCAAAAGACUUGGAAAAGACAUGGGCAAAGUAUCAAAUGAGGUGAAGAAGAUGACACAGGAACAGAUCUUAUCCUUUGAGGAAAGUGGGGAGAUUACAUUCUUUGGCCAUUGCUUGAAGCAAGAUGAUAUUAAGGUGGUCCGGCAAUUCAAGCGUCCUGAAAAUGUGUCAGAGAAGGAGAUUGAUGCUGCUGGAGACGGUGACGUUUUAGUCAUUUUGGAUCUACGAGCUGAUCAGUCAUUGUUUGAAGCUGGAGUUGCUCGAGAGGUUGUGAACAGGAUCCAAAAGUUACGGAAGACUGCUCAGCUCGAACCCUCUGAUCCAGUUGAUGUAUAUUACAAAUCUGUCGACCAUGGCAAAAAUUCGCUGGGAGAGAUUUUGAAUUCACAGGUUCAGUAUAUUAGGGACGCACUUGGUUCGCCACUCGUUCCAAAGGAAAUGGCACCAACGGAUAUGGUGUUAGUUGGUGAGGAGUCUCAUGAUGUACAUGAUAUGUCAUUUGUCAUAUACAUUGCAAGGUCAUGCCCUGUUCUUUCGCCAGAUCUUGCUCAUGCCUCAGGCAACAACGACCAUGUGGAGGCGUUGAGAGUAUAUCUUUUGUCACGAUCUCUUUCCAGAUUGAAGAACCAGUUCCAAGCAGGAAAUGGCAUGAUUACGGUGGACUGCAUUGAAGGUUACCCAGCAAUCAAUCUACAACUAGGAAAACAUGUUUUCCUCAGUGCAGGGGAUUUCUAUCUGGCAAGCCGAUCCUGAGUUUUGUUUGCAGCAUCCCAAUUUUGAGUGAUUUGCCAUUUGUUUUUACUGCAAUCGAUUUUAAUAGCCCAGUUCCAUUUAUGAACGUCACCAGUGUCAUCUAUUCACAUUCAUCGGCUGUCAAAGAUGAAGUGGCGAAAAAUUUCAAUGCAUGUGAUAUCAAAUUUUGCAUAUGCUCCCCAGGUCGCAUACUCGCAUGUGAAUUAGCUGUACAAAGAACAGACAUAAUUUCUCUUAUGUGUUGUAAGAUUAUAGCUAGGCAUAUUUGUCUGUAGUCGCAUGACUUGAUCACCAGUUGAUGUAGUUGCAAGGUUCAGUAGAAUACUCUUAUCGCUGAGUUCAGGUUAUUGCUGCGGAUCGCAUCGUGGGAUGCCAGACCCUGUGAGCCGCAGGGUGGGUUCCAUCUCCAUUUCUUCCGCUGUCUGCAGUCCAAUCCUGGUUCGCGCCAUCUAACAUGCAUUGUCGAUUGUCACGAGGUCGGUGUCUGUCUGGCUCUGGCCAUGAACUGUGAGAAAAGAUUCCAUCCACCAGCCGGCCAACAACUGCAAAACUGUGGACAAGUUUUGGGCUUUUUAUCUUAUGAUAUGAUGAUGAUCAAAUGAAAAGCACUCCCUUUAUGUAGAAAGACAUCAUUGUAAAGUAGCAAUAACUAUAAAGAUGUCGUUUGCUAUUGCUUAUUUUGUUAAGUAUAUAGGAUGAUGUUUGCUCCUUGUUGGCAACUCAUAAUAUGGCUUCUUCUGUUUGGUCA